GAUAAAUAAACCAAAAAAAAGAAAGAUCCGUCAAAAAACACAGAGAACAUAAGUCAUACCCUAACCCUCGAUCACAAUUUACAUCUUUUUCUCUCUCCUAGAUUCAUCAAUUCCAGCUUUCAAUCUCAUAAAAGUUGACGAAUGAUCACACACAAUUUCGGAUUUCCAGCAUCAAAUUACUUCAUACGAAUUUAAAUUUCAAGAGAAGAUUAGAAGAGUGAGAGAGAAAUUGCGGGCGAAUUGAACAUCUUUCGACGAGACCAGAAUUUUGGAUCUUCCAGAAAUUUAAAGAUUGAUCUUGUAGGUGUAGCUGGUGUAAGGGGGAAGAAAGUGGAGAGAAAGGAUUGAAUAAAAUGGCAACUGGAACUCCAGGCCGCCCGAAUGUUCCAGGUCGACCGGCUGCUAGCCCCUUUGCAGCAGGACCUCCCCCUGCUAUGAGUCCUUUUUCGUCGUCUGGUCCUGUGGCUGGUAGACCAGAUGAUUCUGGUGUUAGACCUCCCCCUCCUGCAGCUCCUGUCAAUACAAUGGCUUUCCCACAGUCUGGUGGCCCUAUGGCGGGACCACCACCUGUUGGAUUUAGGCCUUCACCACCUGUUGGUAUUACAAAUCCAGCAGCGCCUGCUCCUCCAGGACCACCACCAUCACAUGCUCCACCACCAACUAACCAAUUUCAGCGAUUUUCAGCCCCGCCAUUCUCAGGACCCCCGACAAAUCAUCCUAUGCGAACACCUACUGUUGGGCCGCCUAAUAUGGCUUCUCCAAUGAUACCUAAUAUGCCCCCACCGGUCCAACGUCCUGGUGUUCCAGCUCCAACUCCACCCCUUACUUUCCGCCCUAAUUCUCAGGCUCCUCCUGCCCAAAUGCCAGCUCCUCUUCAACCUAAUGCUCAGCCACCUCCCUUCCAAAUGGCUUCUCCUCCUCAACCUAAUGCUCAGCCACCUCCUUUCCAAAUGGCAUCUCAGCCAUCUCCUUUCCAAAUGACGUCUCCUCCUCAACCUAAUGCUCAGCCACCUCCUUUCCAAAUGGCAUCUCAGCCAUCUCCUUUCCAAAUGACGUCUCCUCCUCAACCUAAUGCUCAGCCACCUCCUUUCCAAAUGGCGUCUCCUCCUCAAGCUUAUGCGCAGGCUCCUGGACAAAUGGGAUCUACUCCCCAACCUUAUGCUCAGGCUCCAUCAGUACCACCUCCAACUUACUAUGGGCAGCAGCCUGCUUAUGUUCAGCCUCCAUCACAACAUGGUAUGGCAACUAUGCAGUCGAGAGAUCAAAUGCAACAUCACCUGUCUGCUCCUCCGACAAACCCUAUGCAGGGUUUGGCAGAAGAUUUCAACUCUCUGUCCUUGGGUAGCAUUCCGGGAUCUAUGGAUCCUGGACUUGAUUCUAAAGCACUGCCAAGGCCGCUGGAGGGGGACGUGGAGCCUACGGCCUUCAAUGAGAUGUAUCCCAUGAAUUGUGCACCUAAAUACUUGCGCCUGACAACUAGUGCUAUACCAAAUUCCCAGUCACUUGCAUCAAGGUGGCAUCUACCACUUGGAGCUGUUGUUUGUCCACUUGCUGAAGCCUCAGAAGGGGAGGAAGUUCCCAUUGUAAAUUUUGGUUCAGCAGGUAUUAUUCGCUGUAGGAGAUGCCGCACAUAUGUAAAUCCAUAUGUCACGUUCACAGAUGGUGGGAGAAAGUGGCGUUGCAACAUGUGUGCCCUGCUUAAUGAUGUGCCUGGUGAUUAUUUUGCCCACCUAGAUGCCACUGGUAGAAGAAUUGACGCAGACCAACGACCUGAGCUUGCAAAAGGCAGCGUUGAAUUUGUUGCACCAACUGAAUAUAUGGUGCGACCACCCAUGCCGCCUCUGUACUUUUUCCUCAUUGAUGUGUCAGUUUCAGCGGUUAGGAGUGGUAUGCUUGAGGUUGUGGCUCAGAAUAUUAAGUCUUGUCUAGAUGAACUACCUGGGUUCCCUCGAACACAAAUAGGUUUUAUAACUUUUGACAGCACCAUACACUUCUACAACAUGAAGUCGAGUUUGACGCAACCUCAAAUGAUGGUGGUGUCCGAUGUGGAUGAUAUAUUUGUCCCUUUACCAGAUGAUCUCCGUGUGAACCUGUCUGAAUCAAGAACUGUGGUAGAAUCGUUUCUAGAUAGUUUGCCCUCCAUGUUCCAAGACAGUAUGAAUGUGGAAUCUGCAUUUGGUCCAGCUCUUAAAGCUGCAUACAUGGUCAUGAAUCAACUUGGGGGUAAACUGUUGAUUUUCCAAAAUACACUCCCUUCUAUUGGAGCUGGUCGGUUGAGACUACGAGGGGAUGACCUUAAGGUGUACGGAACUGAUAAAGAACACUCUCUAAGAGUAGCUGAAGAUCCAUUCUAUAAGCAAAUGGCUGCUGAUUUUACAAAGUACCAGAUAGGAAUCAACGUGUAUGCGUUUAGUGACAAGUACACAGAUAUAGCUUCAUUAGGAACUCUUUCGAAGUACACUGGUGGCCAAGUGUACCACUAUCCUAGUUUCAAGUCAGCCAUGCAUGGAGACAAGUUAAGACAUGAACUGGCUAGAGACAUUACCAGGGAGACUGCGUGGGAAGCUGUUAUGCGCAUAAGAUGUGGGAAAGGUGUAAGAUUUAAUUCUUAUCAUGGCAACUUCAUGUUGAGGUCCACUGAUUUGCUAGCGCUUCCGGCUGCGGACUGUGAUAAAGCUUUCGCCAUGCAGUUAUGCUUGGAAGAGACAUUAUUGACAGCUCCGACUGUGUACUUUCAAGUCGCAUUGUUAUAUACUGCAUCAUGUGGAGAAAGACGUAUUAGAGUACACACAGCUGCUGCACCAGUGGUUGCUGAUCUAGGAGAGAUGUAUCGUAAAGCUGAUACUGGCGCCAUUGUUUCAGUGCUUGGCCGGCUAGCAAUUGAGAAAACUUUAUCCAGUAAGCUGGAAGAUGCACGGUCUUAUCUACAACUGAGGAUUGUGAAAGCUUUGAAAGAAUAUCGCAAUCUCUAUGCUGUACAGCAUCGGUUGGCUGGAAGGAUGAUUUAUCCAGAAUCAUUGAAGUAUUUGCCUUUGUAUGGAUUAGCACUUUGUAAAUCAACACCUCUUCGUGGAGGUUAUGCAGAUGCUCAACUAGAUGAGCGUUGUGCAGUUGGGUCAACAAUGAUGACUUUGCCCGUUAAAAGUCUGUUAAAGUUUUUGUAUCCUAGCUUGAUACGCGUAGAUGAGGUCCUAUUAAAGGCACCUUCUCUACCGGCAGAUCUCAAGGAUGUUGAAAGGCGUCUCCCCUUGAUGGCAGAGAGCUUAGAUUCUAGAGGUCUUUAUGUUUUUGAUGAUGGUUUGCGCUUUGUCAUUUGGAUUGGCAGAAUGCUUCCUCCUGAGGUGGCUAGGGCUUUGAAUUUAGAUUUUGCUUCGGAUCUUUCACAGGCAAACCUCUACGAGAGUGAUAAUGAAAUGUCAAGGAGGCUAAUGGGGCUGCUUAAUAAGCUAAGAAAGAGCGAUCCUGCUUACUACCAGCUUUGUCACCUUGUAAGGCAAGGUGAACAACCCAGAGAAGGGUUCUAUCUUCUGGCAAACCUCAUCGAGGAUCAGACAGGUGGUAUAAGUGGCUAUGUUGACUGGAUCUCACAAAUUCACCGGCAAGUCCAGCAAAAUGCAUAAUAAACAGAUAUUUAAGUUGCAGGGAUAUGUACAAUCUGGCAAGAAGAUAGCUUCAACCCUCAAGAGACCAAUUGUCUCUUUGUGUUGCAUUAAUGGAUAAUAUGGACUCUACGAGAGUGUCUUCUCUAGGACGUGGCUACUACAUGUUCCUCUCAAGAAAACUUGUGAUUAUGAGUUAAAUCACGAGUUGGAAGGCAUAAUCGAAGGCUGAUAUUUUGUGAACAAAUAUUUUUUGAAAUUCUUUUCUUGAUAAAUAAGUAGGAAAUCUGUACUUUAGUGAAAUUAUAUUUUGCUUCUAUUUUCAGUUUCUUAGCAUUUUUUUUGCUGUUAGGUAUCUUUUGUGUGAUCAUAAUUUAUUUUGGUGGCUUCCUUUACUUGUCCCUGUAUUUUAGAGGGUUUUGUGACAUACACUAUGAAAUUGAUAAUAUUUUUCACCUUGAAGGCUUUUCACUGAAA